UAUUCUCGUCUCCAUCACACUCUCUCACACACACGCACAAAUAAAUCUAGGGCUUUCAUUUUUCAGCUUUUGCUCGCAUCGAACCCCUAAAACCCUGAACAGAGAGCUUCCAAUCGCACCUUAGUUUCCAUCUCAAAAGGUCUAAUGGCUGCCAAUACUGCUGCUCCGUCGGGGUUGGAGAAAGAACAAAUCUUUGGAAUGGCGGAGAAGGAGAUGGAGUACAGGGUUGAGUUGUUCAACAAGCUUACACACACGUGUUUUAACAAGUGCGUCGAGAAAAGGUACAAGGAGGCUGAACUAAAUAUGGGAGAAAAUAGUUGCAUUGAUCGUUGUGUUUCAAAAUACUGGCAUGUGACUAAUCUAAUUGGCCAGCUGCUUGGUUCGGGUCGGCCUCCAAUGUGAAACUAAGGCUGCUCCCAUUUGAAAGCUGUUCUACACUAGUUUCAUGCUGGGCUUGGCUGGCUGCCAAAGAAGGUGGAGACUGAAAUUUCUUUUGUCAUUUUGUCUGUACCUAACUUUAUCAGGUGAUUCCAUUUUGUAGUUUGAAAGGGAAAAAAAUAGUGGCAUUUUGAAUUUAUGCUGCCCCUAGUUUCAAGUCUGAAAAAGUGUUUGCUGUUCAUUGAUGAGAGAUUAAUCUUCCCCAGUUUAAAUUUGGUUCCUGGACAUUAUUUAUUUGUAUGAGUAUCCAAUUUACAAAUAAAUGGAUAUGGGUUGAGACGAA